CGCAGCUUCCCGAGCUCCAAGACGACGUCAACUGCCACGGGGUGCUGAGAAAGUCGCCUUCCACCUCCCCACUCUCCAUCGCGCCCGGAAACCAGCCGCAUCCGGCAGGAUUGAUUCAAUUGACCUCCCAAGACGAACACAGCGGACUGUUCAAGUUGCAUGUCCGACUCCACACAAGAGCUCUAAGUUUGCGCGAAAAGGGUCGCCAACAACGAUCGACCUCCCCCGAUUGCGCCCGUCGCCUCGCCACUCCUCCGGCUCCGGCCUCAAUCAUCGGCACUAUGAUUGCACCUUCUGUCGUUUCGCUGGGCGCCCGCCGGAUCACCCUUGUCCGGGUACCCCCAACCCUCUUCCGCACAGUUCCCUCGCAAAUGCUGGUCGCUAGGAGGGGUUAUGCGACGCCCGCUGGCCCGCCGCCCAAGAACUUCCGCUUGAAGCCGCCGACGGCGUGGGACCAAGAACAAGAAAGUACAUUCGACAGGGUUGGAAAGUACUUCCUUCUGACCGAGAUGUUUCGGGGCAUGUACAUCCUGAUGGAGCAAUUCUUCAGGCCGCCGUACACGAUUUACUACCCAUUCGAAAAGGGCCCCAUUUCUCCGCGUUUCCGUGGAGAGCAUGCUCUGCGCCGGUACCCGUCGGGCGAGGAGAGAUGCAUUGCCUGCAAGCUGUGCGAGGCUGUUUGCCCCGCACAGGCCAUCACGAUCGAGGCCGAAGAGCGUGCCGACGGCUCCAGGCGGACAACCCGCUACGAUAUCGACAUGACCAAGUGCAUCUACUGCGGCUUUUGCCAGGAGUCAUGUCCCGUCGAUGCUAUCGUCGAAUCUCCCAACGCUGAGUACGCCACUGAGACCCGCGAGGAGCUGCUCUACAAUAAGGAGAAAUUGCUUUCCAAUGGAGACAAAUGGGAGCCCGAGCUGGCAGCUGCCAUCAGGGCAGAUGCCCCGUACAGAUAAUGACGACGGAGCUGAAAUUGGGAGUGUUUAGACUUCGGGGUCUGGGGCCACAAGUCUGUCGACAGAGUUGUACAUACUGUUUUAUGCAAGAACCAAAAACUAAAUCUUUUUCCUUUCUAAA